GACUCUGCCCACUCCCACGAGACACGUUGAGGAAGAGGAAGGUAUGGCCACCGGGCUUCCGACGGCCUGGUUCCGUGAACCAGUGACCUUUGAAGAUGUGACCCUGGGUUUUACCCCGGAUGAGUGGGGAAUGCUGGACCUCGAACAGAAGUCCCUGUACAGGGAGGUGUUGCUGGAGAACUACAGGAACCUUGUCUCAGUGGAACAUCAGCUUUCCAAGCCAGAUGUGGUAUCUCAGUUAGAGGAGGAGGAAGAGCUCUGGUCGGUGGAGAGAGGAAUUCCUCAAGACACCUUUUCAGAGUGUCCUGAGGCUCAGUUGGACCCUCAGUUCCAUCCUUUUCCUGCUGGGAAUCCCCUGAUGAAGAUCGAGGUUGUUGAAAUCCUCACACUGAACGAGGAGGUGGCUCUUCCCCGGAACGCCCAGAUCCGCGCCCUCUAUGCUGAAGAUGAGGGCCUGAGCCCAGACAUCCUCAGGGAGCCCACUCAACAUCUGGAUAAGCAUCUAACUGACCCUGAGACCGCUCGCCAGAGGUUCCGGGGGUUCCGCUUUGAGGAGGCGGCAGGGCCCCGCGAGGCGCUGGCCCGGCUGCGCGAGCUGUGCCGCCAGUGGCUGCGGCCCGAGGUGCACUCCAGGGAGCAGGUGCUGGAGCUGCUGGUGCUGGAGCAGUUCCUGGGCGCGCUGCCCGGGAAGCUCCGGAUGUGGGUGGAGUCGCAGCACCCAGUGGACUGCCAGGAGGCAGUAGCCCUGGUGGAGGAUGUGACCUGGAUCUCCGAGGAGGAAGCACCACCCACCGAGGGCCCCACCAGCUCUCUCCAGACCACAGCUCAGCAGCAGGAGGACAUGGCCACCAGGCUGGCGAAGGCACUGCCUGAGGAACCGGUGACCUUCCUGGACGUGGCUGUGGACUUCAGCAGGGAGGAGUGGGGGCUGCUGGACCCGACACAGAGGACCGAGUACCACGACGUGAUGCUGGAGACCUUUGGACACCUGGUCUCUGUGGGGUGGGAGACUACUCUGGAAAGCAAACAGUUAACUCCAAACCCCAACACGCCCGAGGAAGAGCCAGCCUGCCACCUGAAAGUGGAGGAAUUCUCGAGGGAUGGCGCCCAGCCCUCUGCCUCAGGAGACACCUUGCAGGCUGGGGCCCCAGAGGUCUUGGACACAGCGUUGAAACCAGUGGUGCACACUCAGGAAAAAACCCUCCCUCAGAAGCCAGCCGGUGAAAGCCCCAAACCCCAGGCAAGCACAGGUCCCGACACAAGCCACAUCUCCCUUCAGAAGAGCAUUCCUAGAAAACGCUUGCGCAAGCGGGACCCCAGGGUCAAAAAGAUGACACACAACCCCUGUGUAAAACUUCAUCAGAAGAGCUGCAGCGGGGGAAAGGCCCAGGAGAGCGGGAGCUGUGGGAGAACCUUACCCCGGAGCGCUCAGCAGAUCACGUUUACGCGAAUUCACAAAGGGAGCCAGGUGUGCCGAUGCAGCGAAUGCGGGAAAACCUUCCGGAACCCCAGGUACUUCUCCGUGCAUAAAAAGAUCCACACGGGAGAGAAGCCCUACGUGUGUCCGGACUGCGGGAAGGCGUUCGUGCAGAGCUCCUCCCUCACGCAGCAUCAGAGGGUUCACACUGGGGAGAGACCCUUUGAGUGUCACGAGUGUGGAAGGACUUUCAACGACCGCUCGGCCAUCUCCCAACACCUGCGGACUCACACCGGGGCCAAGCCCUACCCAUGUCAGGACUGCGGCAAAGCCUUCCGCCAGAGCUCCCAUCUCAUCAGGCAUCAGAGGACUCACACCGGCGAGCGCCCCUACACCUGUAACAAGUGCGGAAAGGCCUUCACCCAGAGCUCGCACCUGAUAGGGCAUCAGAAAACGCACAGCGGGGUGAAAUGCAAGAAGAAACAGCCUACCUCGUAGGCCUCAAGCCGGGUGAAGAGACAUCGCCUUUGCAGUCUGAUCCUGCAGUGCCACAUGAGCGAGCCUGGUUGGGAUUUGGGACUGAACGUGGAAGGCCUUGAGUGAUGAAGUUCUCAAGACCAAAGGAUGACCAGGGAGACCGCCCUGCACAUAAGUCAGUAAGAAAAGCCGUGGGGAGUAUCGCUAAUGAAUGCAUCAGUUGGAAAAACAUUUAAUUUUUCGCUCAGUUGAUUUGCCAUUUUAAUUUGUUCGUUGGUUAUUAAAAGUGAUAUUAGUGAAACCUGAAAAUGCUUAUAAUCUAAGUUUAAAAAGCCAGGUACCAAAAUGUCUGUGCACUGAUAUUAUAUUUGUGGUAAAGUAUUUAUGCAUAUGGACAAGGAUUGAAAGAGAACAUAGAUAAAUAAACUAUAUAUUUCUGUGGUAGGA